GAGAGAAACAAGAGGGAGGGGACCUUUCAAAGGAAGGGAGGGAGCAGAGGAACUGGACAGGAGCAGCAAGGAACAAGACACAUUUGGGAGGGAACUGUAAAAAAAAAUCAGCAGAGAACAUUGCGAAAACCGAUAAAGAGAGUGUAACUCGGAGAGUCCUGGGAGUGACGCCCCCCACAGGGUUUGGAUUGGGCACACAGCAUACUCUUCCGUUGUCCACACCUAUGAGGUCUACAGGACCAUGUCAUCGGACAGUGGAUCCUCGUUGUCUGCAGCGGAGGAUCAGCUCGCCGUAGUCCAGCGGUUCUAUGUUCUACAAGCUGAGCAAGAGGGUACACAGAAAAGGACGUUCUCCAACUGGGUGAACUCGCAGCUGUCAAAGCACCCGCAAUCAUCUGAUGUAAAAGACCUAUUUGUCGAUAUUCAAGAUGGCCACAUCCUCCUGGACCUACUUGAAGUUCUCUCUGGGGAAGGCUUGCCCCGUGAGAAAGGCAAAAGCAUCUUCCAGGCAAGAAGUAACAUAGAAUCUGCCCUGAACUUUUUAGGAAGCCGAUCUAUCAAGCUCAUAAAUAUUCAUGUGGAAGACAUCAUUAGCGGAAAACCGUCUAUCGUGCUUGGCCUGAUAUGGCAAAUCAUUUUACAUUUCCAUAUUGAAGGCCUGGCAAGCAUUUUGUCAGGUGCAGAUGACCAGCAACCAGUGAAGUGCGAGACAAAAAAUGGAGUCUCCCCAACUGCAAGCCCAUCGCCAAAAAGGAGUGCCAAGUCUAGAUGGAAGACGUCUGCAAAGAAAGCUCUUCUACAGUGGGCGCAGGAACGGUGCACUCAAUUGGGAUCUAUUAAUAUAAAAGAUUUUACGUCCAGCUGGAAAAAUGGCAAUGCUUUCCUGGCAAUCAUUCAGUCCUUGAGACCGGACCUCAUUGACAUGGACACGUUACAGGGGAAGUCCAAUGAGGAAAAACUGCAAGAGGCGUUCAGAAUAGCAGAAAAUGAAUUAAAAAUCCCCAAACUCAUCGAGCCAGAAGAUCUUACUGUUCAGGAUCCUGAUGAAAAAUCAAUUAUGAUGUACGUGGCGCAGUUUUUACAGUAUUCCAGAAACAAGGAAGAGCCCACAAGUGAUAUGUCGGCUGAACUUAACAAAGCCAUGGAAUGGUUGAAUCAGCAGGAGCAGAAACUCAAAACGUUAUUUUCUGAAAUGAAAGAUGAGACCUAUACCAAAAAAUACCAGGAAAUCUUGUUAUUCAUGAGAAAAUUUAAUGAGCAGAAACGAACCUUCAUGUCUGGGUUGGCGGUGGAAUCUCUUCAGGCUGAGGAGCAACUGCUUAUUAAGCAGUCACUUGAAAAUAUCACACUCCAGAUUGCACAAUGGAAGAAGCAGUUGGAUAGGAGUUUGCCACCACCUCUGGACAGUAUCGAGACAUGGCUCACAGAGGUGGAAAUCUUGAUGUCCCAGGCUUUGCCUGAAUCCGGCUCUCAUUAUAAUACAAUGUCUCUACUCCAGGCUUUAUCUGAAGCCUUCAAGGCUUUAAUGGUUGAUGCGAAAAAUUACAUAGAGAGUCUCAGAUCUUUCAAGAAUGUAGAUGAUAGCGGAGUCAUAAUUGUGCCAGCUGAUAAGAUGGAAGAGAUGAAAACCCGGUUGGAGAAGAUAUUAGCGGCACACUUCAGUGUUCUUGUGGAUUACCGCUGUGCCGGACACUAUGUUCUUGCUCUUUUGGAGGAAGGGAGACCUAAGCUAAAGUCUUGGAAAGGGAAGUACAAGUCUCAAGAGUCUGUGGAGGUCCUACUGGCAGAUUACAAGGAAUUUGUUGAGGGCAAACAGUCCAUGGUCCGUCUGGAGACAGCGUUUGAGAAAUUCAGAGAACUUCAUACUCUGCUGCUGACCACAGACGACUAUUCGGGUGACCCUGAAAUAUCAAAACAAUAUGAAGUCAUAGAACUAAAGUAUAAGAGAUUUGUGUCAUCGGCCCACGACGCAGAAUCUACCCUGGAGCAAGUACUAACCAGCUGGACUCACUUUGAGAAUAACAUGAACUUGAUCACAGCUUGGCUGGAUGAACAGCAGAGGAUCACACCAUCCAAUGUUCCUAUGGAGAUUCUUUCCAAAUGGAAAUCUGUGCACAAGUCUUUAAACAGGGACAGUGACUUCCUGGUGGAGAGGACAUAUGAGAAAACCGCCUCCAAGAUAGAUCACAGGCUGAAGACAUUGAACAGUCGAUGGACCAGAUAUGUUAGGCAGUAUAAGGAAAAGAAGGAGGUCAGGAAUGGCACCACUGCUAAAGAGAAUCUGGGCGAUGACUCUACAGAAAAUGUUUCCAAGGCUCAAUCAGAUAUUUCUGCUCGUUCCCCCAGUCUGUAUAUUCAGAGUUUACAGAAGAGCGGGGAAGAUGCCAGAACAGCAGAAAUGUACUCCGAAGUCCUCGGCCACCUUGAAGCAGGGGAGAAAGUUAUCGAGGCUGCAGACAACUGGUCUGGGAAGGCCGAGCAGUUUUUGAGUGACCUUGAUGAAAAGGAGAACACACAGGAGCCUUCAAGAGUAGAGAUUCAGGAUUUCUGUCAAGAUGGGGUUUCUUGCCAGGAGCAGCUAGAGAAGGCGGAAGUGAUGGUGCAAGCACUGACACAACUUCUCUACGGUCAGAAGGAUUUACAGCGCUUUGACUUAGACAGAUGGAGGCACAAUGUUGUCAGAAGCCGUGAGCGAGUUCAGGACCUCGUCUCUAGAAUGAGUUUGGUCCUGCACCCCCCAGAACAAAGUUUAUCCAAAGAAGACAUAAAGAAGAACUUUGAGAGAUCAAAGACCACCCUGGAAACCUAUAUAACAAAAGCACUGAGCCUGCUGGGACAGAGGGUAACCCCGGAGGAGUUCAUCGCACAGUAUGAGACCUCCCUCAGCAAAUUUUCAAGUCAAGACUUGGAACGUUUCCUAAAAGCCACUGAGCACAUGAAAAAUAUUUCAUCCUCUACGACAGAGAAGUCAAUGGUGGAAAAAGUGAGCACUGAUGUCAGGGAUAGAUGGAAGGUUGUCCAUGAUGACUUGGAGGCUUAUGUCAGUGAAUUAAAAGUGCAUACAGAGAAGAAGAAAUUUGAUGAACUGAUUUGUAGACUUGACAAGCAAAUUUUAAAGGAGAAAAAGAGUGCUGGUGUUGUGGAUGUAGAGGAGCUCAUCGGAGAGCAUGAGGUUUCCUUCUCUGAUCGUGGCUGUUUAGGAGAACUCAAUCAGUGCUUACAGACAAUGCAAACUCUGGAUGACAGACUCAGGACAAGCUCUGCUCCUACAACUUUCACUGCAUUGAUUACAGAAUGCACAAAAAAGAAGGAGGAACUUAUUAAAAAUGCUGAUGAAAUCUACCUUCAUCUGCAGUCUAUUGUGGGGAAAAAUAAAAUUGAUAAAAAAAACCUUGCAUCAACUGAAAAUGGAGUGAAGUCACCCCUCAAUAAAACCGAGGAGGUAUGUGAAACAGACUAUAUGCUGCAAGAAUUCAACCUGGCCAAAGAAAAUGGGUCAACCCUCGAAAUGCUGCUACAGAGAUAUGAUGCAAACAAAAGUGAUCUAGAAUUGCUAUUACAAAGCUCAAGAGAAAAACUGGUCACCGAAAGCCCGAAGGAAGUCCAGGAAGUGAAGGAGCUUCAGUGUAAACUUCAUGAACUGCAGAUUUUACUGGAUCAAGUAAACAGAAGCUGGAUGGAGUUUGAAGCCACAUCACAGGAAGUAGAGAGGCUUCUGCCCGGGACUGAGAAGAAGAAGGUUUCUGAGACCAGACACGCCCUGCAGUAUUCCUUGUUAAUUGUUUCUGAGGAAAUUAAAAGCAGAAUCCAAUCUCUGAGCACCACAAUAAAUGUCCUCCUGCCCAUCGAGGAAGAAGUGUCUUUAUUAUGUGAAUCAAGUGGACAGACUCCAGACCGUGAGGUUGAACAAUUCACGAUUUCCAAAAUUGCUUCUGUAUAUCAGGAUCUGCAGGAUGUGCAGAGUUCAGUGAAAGAUCAUAUUCAACAGUGUCACAACCUGGAAUCCACUACCGAGGUCGUCGAUCCAUCGAGUUCAGUAGAUGCGUUGGCUGUCCAAUCUGUCGUGCAUCAAUAUAAAACUAAAUUAGAGGCCACAAAUGAGAUAAUGAAAGAACGAGAGGUUCUUCUGAAAGCUCUGGAGGCAUUUAUAUCUUCUCUGGCUGCAACAAAGCUGGCCAUCCAGUCUGAAGCUAGAGCACUUGGACAUGACAAAACUGCUCUACUGCAAAAGCAGAAGAACCUUGACCAACUACGUGAGGAGGUUCACAGACUGAGACAAGAUGCUGAAAGGCUGGACAGACAUCUAGAAGCAGCAGAGAUCUUCCUGGAAAACCCGGAACGAGGAGGACCAACAUCAUGCCAGAAAAUGCUUGAUGGGUUCUUUGAAAAUAUAGAAAUGGUAGAACAAUCUAUUUUGGUGGAGUUAAGAAAUUUGGAAAUCAGAGCGGCUUCUGGGGUACAACCAUUAAAUGGAGCAUUAGAUCAUUCCACACAAAGUGAGAUGGAGCAGUUCACAGUAUCAAAGAUAGACACAGUUUUGCAAGAGAUUAAGGAAGUCCAGAGCACCUUUGACUUUGAGAUGCAACAUCUGGAUUGUUUGGACACUGAAUCCACUGAAUCCAUCACGAAAUACAAGACCGAGCUUCAAGAGACAUGUGAAGCAAUGAAAGAACGAGAGACAACUCUUAAAUCCCUGGAAGCAUUUCUGUCUUCUCUUAAAGCAACAAAAAUGUCCAUUGAAGCUGGAUUCCCAGUACCGGGCAUGGACAGGACAACCUUGCAAGAGAAACAGCUGAGGCUUGAGUCUUUAGAAAAGGAUGUCUAUCUUCUGGGUCAAGAAGCUGAGACGCUUGAUGACUCUAUGCAAGCUGCUGGAAUUCUCCUAGAAGAUCCAGAAAAUGGAGGGGAAACUUCAUGCAAGAAAAUGAUAAGCGGUUUCUUUGAGAAGUUAGAAAGUGCCCAGCAAGCUGUCCAGAGAGAACAUCAGAAGCUUCAGGAGACAGAGACCUUCGAGCAACUAAACAAGCGUCUGAAAGACUUGAGCAGAAAUAUUGAAGAUAUUCAGGAUCAAGCUGAUGAAAUUGGGCUUCGAGAUCCAACUAUUCAUGGUGUGCAACAUCGCAUGAAAUGUUUGAUAACGCUGGAGAAAAAGUUGGAGACCUUUGGCAAAGUAAAGAAAUCCAUCUCUGAUGCCUUUCAAGAGGUUUUUCAGAGUUCACAAAGAAAAGACUUGACUGGGUGUCAGGAGUGUGAGGAAUUGUGGGAGGACACAAAGCAGCACCUUGCCCACAGCAAAGAGGAGUGUGAAGUGAUAAUCGAACUCCUUCGCAAGUACCAGCAUUACAGGACAACACUGACUUCUUUGAUUCAGAAAACAGAGACUACAAUUUCUCAUCAGUCAUCCUACAUUGGAAAAGACAACCUUCAUAAAAGGAUGAUGAAGGUCCAAGAGCUCAAGCAGGAGAUUGAGGAACACUCCGAAAAUGUAGACGAGAUGAACACCAUCUGCAAAAACCUACAGUUUCAGAUCAGUAAGAUAAAAAGAUUUGAAGAUGUGCCAUUCCAGUCAGAAGCCAACACCCUCAUCGACAAGUGGUUAGACGUAUGUGAAAAACUUGACAGCUAUAAUGAAAACCUAAAAAGUGCUGUCUGCUUAUGGAACAAAGUUCUUCAUCUCUCACAAGAGCUGGAGCCAUGGUUGGAAGGAAAAGUCAAGUGCCUUCAAAGUGCAAACCUCACAAGCGAUGAUAUCCGAUUGCUCCAUACUGAGCUCCAGAGUCAAGAGAAACGUCUGGAGGAAAUCACUAAGAAAUCCACAGAAAUACAGAAACUUUUACAAACUGACGAACUUCCCUUUGAACUACAGGUCAUAAAUACAUCACUGGGGAAUAAAAUCACUGUAUUAUCUGCAAUUGUGGUCGAAAAAUCUGGAAAUGAGGAUUUAUCACUUGUGGCACCAGCGUGGGAUUCAACAGAUAGCAGUUCGGUGGCUGCGGAAUUACCACAGAUUACAAGAUAUGAGCCUGUAAACGGAGAGCCACAAGCUCUGACACAACUGGAGACCUCUGGUAUGGAGGUAGAGGCUGAGGCUCCACCGAAAGAGAGACAGCAAAGUCCUGCCACAACUCUGGUGGAGGAACCCAACAGGGAUGACGUUCAGGAGCAACCACAAGGAGAGGAAAGGAGUGAAUAUUUAGAAGCUAUAAGACCGAAGCUGGCAGAGCUACAGAAGAGACGGGAAAAGCUAAGCAUGGCCCUUCUGCCUCGAUUACAGGACAAUGUAAAACAGCUGGCCAGUUUCAGAGAGCUUCUCCAGGAAAGUCAGGACAUGAUGUGUGCAUUAGAAGAUUCAAUGUCAAAGGAGUUAUCUCCUGCUGCUUCUUACAGUCCUGGACUUCAUGGUCACUGGCUGGAAAUCAAGAUGCUACUGGAAACAUUAAUUUUGGAAUUGCAGGAUUCAAUGCAGUUACUGGAAAGGCACCUCGAAGGACACCGGCAAUAUGAAAGUCUCUCCGCCACCCUGAAUGACAAAAUGACAAGUUUUUAUGAAGAGCUUCUUAAUUUUAGCCGCUCAUCACGGGAAAACGCACCGUGCGAGCUGAAGAGACAGAAAUUACAGGCUUUGCGUGACCAAUAUGAAGGUUUGCAGAGUGAUCUAGAUCAGGUGUCCCAGCUAGCAGAAAAUGUAAAGCAGACCUGCUCUUCAAAGGGAGUUGCAAGGAUCCAGGAGGCGAUGGACAUGCUUCACAGCAAAAUGAGAGGAUACUUAGAGCGAAUAGAUCAUCUGACGCAAGUGAUAGAGCAGCCUCCUGUGAUUGAGAAGCGCAAGGUGAAGAAGACCAAGAAAGGAUCUAAGAAGAAGUUAGAGCAUCAAAGGUCAGCCGAGGAAACUUCACUGAAAGCUGAGGACAACUUGGUGAAGGCUACAGUGUCAUCUCUAGUACAGCCUUCUGUGCCCACCGCGGCCCAAGCCACGGAGAAUGCUUCUGUGCAGGAUGUAGUGCAACCUUUAGCACAAGAUGCAGAGGAUUUAUCAUUGCGUCCUCAAGUGGAGAGUUCAGUACAUUUGACAGAGGAACAUAUGUUACAGUCUUCAGGAGAACCAUCUGUACAAUCUGCUCAGGAUUUCUUUGAGCUUUCAGCAGGGGAACCUCAGCGCAUAUCUGCUUUGAAGAAGUUAGUACAGACUAGGGUAGAGGUUUUGGUUCAGCCUUCAGUGGGACAUUCAGGACAAUCCUCUUUAAAACAAUCUUUGCAGUCUACACUCGAAAAUUCAAUGCAGUUUGCAAUGGAAACUGUAGCACAGCCAAUUCUGAAAACUUCAAAGCAUCCUGAAGAUGAAACCUCCAAGUUAUCUGAUAUGAAAUUAGCAGAGCAAUCUGCAGUUGUACCUCCAGAACAAACUCCUCUAAAACUGUUGGUGCAGCCUACAAUAGAUCCAUCUACGCACCUGACAGAAGAACCAUUAGUGCAGCCUACAAUGCAUCCAUCUAUGCACCUGACAGAAGAACCAUUAGUGCAGCCUACAAUGCAUCCAUCUAUGCACCUGACAGAAGAACCAUUAGUGCAACCUACAAUGCAUCCAUCUAUGCACCUGACAGAAGAACCAUUAGUGCAGCCUACAAUGCAUCCAUCUAUGCAUGCUCUAGAAAAACCAGUGCAGCCUGCAGAAGAGCCGUCAGUGCAGCCUGCAGAAGAGCCGUCAGUGCAGCCAGAAGAAGAACCGUCAGUGCAGCCUACAGAAGAGCCAUCAGUUCAACCUACAUUAGAACAGGUAGUGCAACCUGCAGAAGAACUGUCACUGCAGCCUACAGUAGAACAGUCAGUGCAGCCUACAGGAGAACAAUCGAUGCAGCCUGCAGAAGAGCCGUCAGUGCAGCCUGCAGAAGAGCCAUCAGAGGAGCCUGAAGAAGAGCCGUCAGAGGAGCCUGCAGAAGAUCCGUCAGUGCAGCCUACAGAAGAACCGUCAGUGCAGCCUACAGAAGAACCGUCAGUGCAGCCUGCAGAAGAACCGUCACUGCAUCCUACAGUAGAACUGUCACUGCAGCCUACAGGAGAACAAUCGAUGCAGCCUGCAGAAGAGCCGUCAGUGCAGCCUGCAGAAGGGCCGUCAGUGCAGCCUGCAGAAGAGCAGUCCGUGCAGCCUGCAGAAGAGCCGUCAGUGCAGCCUGCAGAAGAGCCGUCAGUGCAGCCUGCAGAAGAGCCGUCAGUGCAGCCUGCAGAAGAGCCGUCAGUGCAGCCUGCAGAAGAGCCGUCAGUGCAGCCUGCAGAAGAGCCGUCAGUGCAGCCUGCAGAAGAGCAGUCAGUGCAGCCUGCAGAAGAACCGUCAGUGCAGCCUGCAGAAGAGCAGUCAGUGCAGCCUGCAGAAGAGCCAUCAGUGCAAAUAGUGGAACCUUCAAUGCUUUCAGAUGUUAAACAUUUGGAAGAGCCUACCUCAGAUCAAUCUGUUGUAGUAUCUUCAGUGCACUUUGAGCUGGAACCUUCAGUCCAAUCUAACAUUUCAAUAGUAGAACAAGACACAGUAGAAAUACCAAGACACCCUACAGUAAAGCCAACAGAAACCACUGCUGUGCACCAUACAGAAACCUCCGUUCUGUCUAUAGAAAACCAUUUAGUGCAAAAUAUAGAACCCCUUUCAUCAGGGUCUUCAUCAAAUCUUCCUACGCAUGAAUCUUUAUUACAAUCUAAAGAACAGUCUGUAUUACAACCUUCUGUGCAGCAUAGAAAAGGACUUAAAACGCAGUCUGCACAUUCAAAGGAGGCGCUUGUGGAGGCUUCAGUGCAAAUGACAGCAAACACUGCUGCAGAACUCACUUCUGUUCCAUCGGAUUUUGUACAAUCUGUGCUGGAAGCUGUAGGAAAACCUAUAGAUCCUUAUACACUGCAGCCCACAGACCAAUCCGAGAAUCAAUCUGUGCCGAAACCCACCGACACUGGGAGUGCAAAGGAAAAGAAAUCUUCAAAAAGCAGAAAGAAAAAAAAGGUAAACGCUGGAUCAGUCAGAAAACAAAUGGUGGAAAGCAAAGGGGUGAAAGAAGCCAUAACAUCAGUGCAAAAGACGGACACGAAGAGUCACAGCUCGGAGAGCGCAGACGGGGAGAAUGUUCGCCAGCAGCAUUAUGUAGAUGUGACAGACAGCCGGAGAGAAGCCGCUGAGGAGAAAGCAUUAGAAGAAGCAAAAGCAGGAUGGCAAGAGGCCAGUGGUCAAGUGCAGGCGCUUCUACAGGACUGUAAUUCCUACAGGAGUUCUCCGGAGACCCCGGUAAACAACAAGACGCUCAGCGCCGAAGACUCCCCUAACGUCUCAGGUUUGAUAACCACAGUGGAGGAGAGGGCUGAAACGCUCCCAGACGACGGGAGAAGGCUUGUCACUUUACACAGUCUUCAGGGUAUUGUCAGUGAUCAGGAGUCCUCCGUUCGGGAUGUUCCAGCAUCAGAGCCUCUUGGUGUCCAAACAGAAUCUGAAACAUUAUCGAAGGAACUUCAGCCUUAUAUCGCAGUUUACCAGCAGGAGGCGCUGGAGGUUUUCUCACAAAUUUCACAGAUCUUGGGAGAGGAGCUAUUGCAAGCAAAACCUCUGGAAAAGCUGGCCAGCAAGUUUAGGCUCGACGAUGUUCGAGUAGAGAAGAAAAUGCUGCCUAAAAAGAGCCAACAGGAGUGCUACAUGGAAGACCUGAAAAAGAACAUUAAGAGGUUUUCCAAAGAACCGAUCCAAUUAAAUGUGAUGGAACUAGACCAAGAGAUUCAAGAGAUCGAGAAACUCUAUGACAUGAAAAAUCUAGAAGAUUCAUCAUUUCAACGAGAGCCACGAGAUGAGGAUGUAGAAAAAUCUGAGAUUUCACCGUCUGACCUUAAAGACCUCCUUAAUAGACUGAUGGCACUGAAAACUGAAAAGCAAACACUGCGUCAAGAACUAAUGAACUUCCAGAAUGCUCUGAGUACAGUCAGACUGUCAUACCAAAUGUUAACCAAAGAGAAGGAAAAUCUCAAAAUGUCAUCUACUGAAGGUCACCAAAGACAUCUGGAUAAAUUGGGAGAGUUCCUUGAUAUACUAGCCAAAGAAAAAGAUACCUUAAGAGUGUUGCUAGCUCAGCAGUCCAAUAUUGGAGGCUGUGGGAUAUCAUGGAAAGGCAAGGAUGAAAUGAAUGUAGAUAUCAGACAACUUGAAGCAUUUUGGGAACAAAUGGAACUCAACAUUCAUAGAGAACGUGAUCGGCUGGUGAAAGAAACAGAGGAACUUAAGUUUCUUCAGCAGAAAGCUGACCACCUCCAAAGUAUCAUUAAAUUCCAACAAGACUUACUUGAUGAACCGACUCCCUCUCCAGAAGAUAUAGUGAAAGUAUCUUUACUUCUCUCCACUGAUGUAGAAGCCAUCAAACAUCUGUGUUCCUCAUUGAGGAAUGCUUGUGACUUGCAAAUCAAGAGGUCUUGGGGUGCCAAUGAAUGUAGGACUUUGGAACGUUCUUUAGAUAACCUACAAAAAUCUUUGGAAAAUCUAGAGGAACGAGUGAAGGACCAACAGUUGACUCGGUGUCAAACCCCAGACUCUUUGCUAGAUCAAUACCCAUUUCUGCAACCUUUAUAUGACUCCCACAUCUGGAUCAAGAAAUUACAAAAUACGAUCACAUUUGAUCAGGCUAUCGCCCUUCUGCCAGGAGAUGUAGAGCAGCAGAUCGCAACUUCAAAAAACGUGCACCAAGAAAUUUUGGACCGGAAGUCUACUGUCAACUCUGUUAUUGAGAAGUCAAAACACAUAUCACAAGGGAUCAAUCCAGCAGCAUUCAAAGAUAUUUGCUCUUUCUUCCAACAAUUGCAGGAAUUAUAUCAGGAAGAAAUAAUACAAUCAGUUGGCCGAUUGCAAAAGCUCGAAUCUGGGCUGGAAAAGAGGAGAGCACUUUUUUCAGAAAUUGAAAAGCUGAAAGAAUUACUGCACUGUCUAGAAAAAGAAGCAACUCCAGUCAAAAGAGGAGAAUUUACUGCGGCUGAGUUAUGUGAACAGCUAAAUUGUCUAAAGGCCAAGACUACAGAGUUGGAGGAAAUUGAAGGUCUUGUCUUGACACUUCUCAGGAACAGCCAAAGCUAUCAUAGGGAACUUAAAAUUUCCGAGCAGUUAUAUUUAAAUGACAUAUUAAGAAGUCUCAAGUCCAAAGCAAGAAGAAUUCGUAGAUUAGAGGAAAAUAAGUUUUUGCACACCGAAAAAUUGUUAAAAAUUUGUAAUGAGUUUCAAGAAAGAACAACUUCCCUUAGCCGGGAAUUGAGUUCACUCCAGCCUAUUGAACCCGAGCUGCAUGAUGAGGCUGAAAAGCAAGCCAGGGAAGGUUUUGAAAAGGAAUUUCAAGUCUCCCAUAAUGCCAUCUCAUCAUCUCAAGUUCACUUGUCAGAGAUUUUGAGGUAUAAAGACUUGUUUGAAGAUAGUGGGCUUUACUGGGAUGGUUUAACUGUGGAUAAUCUACAGACUAAAUGCCUAAGUUUCCCGAUACAUAGAAGUGGUCACUUUGGUCAUUAUGAACCCGUGAAAGAACGAUAUCAAGAGCUUUUAGAAAAAGCCAAAGUGAUGUGUUUUUCGGUACAAAGAGAAGCGUUAGCCGUCACAACUCAUUUUGACAUGAUAGAGGCUCAAAUUUUAUGUAAAAAAAUUAAGACAAUAGGAAUAUUAGCCACUGAAGCACUGAGGUUGUUACCAGAGAAACAUGACAGCCAAGACACUCUCCGUGAUGAAGAAGUCACAGUAAGAGCCCUAGCAGAAAAUAUGGAUCGAUUACACCAAUCUCUCAGUCAGCUGAUAACUGAUUUUCACACAAUGGAAAAAAGUAUUCCAUAUCGGCUGGAACAAACUUUGUGUAAUUUAAGAAAAAUUCACCAAGAUCUUCAGCAGCCAUGUUUUGUUAAUUUGGACAGCUGUGAGAUCCAAGAGCAACUUCUAAGACUUGAAGCUCUUAAUGAAAUAUGCAAAUCUGAAUUAAAGGCUGCAAGUGCCAUGUCUACUCAGGCAUCUACGAAGGAGUUCCUUAAAAAGCUUACUGAAGUAAAGGACAUUGGAAAACAAGUUCAGAAGACCAUCGCUCAACAUAUUGACACCAUUAGGAAGACAUUCAAUGUCCUUCAAGAUCUUCAAAAAAACAUUGCCAAACUAGCAGAGCUUUUCAGACAGUAUGAAGAAAAACUGCAAGAAAAUCCAGUGGAUUUUAUUGAUCAGGAGGACCACGUAGACCUCCUGAAUUCACAGAAAGAAGGAAUAAACAUUUCUAUAGCAGAAAUCCAUAAUGUUGUGAAACAGCUGAAAUCCAAUUGUAAUCCACAUGAUCAAGAGCAACUGGAUGACCUUGUGAAUCAGAUCACCAGCAAGAACAUGUUAUUGACUGAGAUGUUCAAAGGAAAACUAUCCGCGUUAUCCAGUUACCGUGAGAAGCACCUCCUGUUCAAAAGUAAUAAGCAGAAAAUUUGCAAGGAUCUUGAAGAGAUGGAAGCCAUUAUCAGAGAUUCCUUUUCUCAGAAGCCCGCAUCUUAUAAAGCUGCUUUAGCCCAAUGGGAGAAAAGCAAGACCAUGGUGACGAGGGUAAACGCGUAUGAAGAGGAAAUGCUGCAACUCAGACAAGAAGCAAGAGACCUGAGCGCCGUCAGCGGGGAUGACGUCUUGCUGCCUGACAAGGUGGUGGCUUCAUUAUGGGACAGAUGGCUGUAUCUCCUCGGUGUCUGCAGAGACUGGGAACUUUACUGUGAUGAAUUAAAGCAAGAGUGGAAAUUAAUUAGUGAACUGAUGGAGCGGGAGGUUAUACUUCUGGAUAACUGCCAAGAAGAAAUCCUGGAUAGACCUGACCUUAAACAGAGAACUGCAAAACUCCAGAAAACAGUCACUGAAAUCAGUUGGUUUGAGGAGAAUGUGAAGAUGCAGCAGCUGCAGCUGGUCCUCUUGAUGUCUCGCCUUCAGCAUAUUUUGGAAAAACCAGAGGACGAAAUGGAGACUGAGAUUGCUGCACUGACCAAGGAAAUCAAUUCAAUGGAAGAAAAGUGUGAAAUACUUCUUCAGAAAUCUCAGAAAAAUAAUCAAGAACUUGUCGCAGAACUUGAAGACCGCAAAGCUUUUAAAGGUGAUUUCUUGGCUGUAAAACAAUCCCUUCAGCAAGUGUCUUCUAAACUGGACAGCCUGGAGCCAUCAGAUGCCGAGACUACCAGAGCAUCACUACAGGAGAUUCAGAGUUUGAUUGAGUCACAACAGGAGGUGGCUAAACGUACAAUGGAAAAAGUCAGCGCCCGAUAUGCAGAACACGUCCCGGCUGAACUUCUUUCAGGGGCUGAGGCAUGUCAGCAGUAUGUGCAGGAGAUGGAAGAGAAGGUUAAAAACGAAAGUUUGCAGAGCUCUCCUGAGAAUGUAUUGAACAGAAAGUUGAAAGAGAUAAAAUCUGGUCUGCAGAGUAUUGAAGCUCACCUAACAGAGAAAAGCCAAAAUAUCCGCCAAGCCAAAGAACUUCAGAAGAAAAUCUGGGAUGAAGUGGAUACGUGGCUCUCUAAACUGCACGCGCUGGAGGCUGAAGUUCAGGAGAUGGCUGAGGAGGAUCCCAGCCAGGCCCAAGAGUGGAUGGACAAACUAACUGAACCAUUUAGUCAUUACCAGCAGGUCACACACCUUGUAGAACGCAGGACUGCAAAUCUGAACAAGGCGGCGAGUAAACUGGAGGAGUAUGAGGACACCCUGAAGAGCACACAGGCCUGGAUACAAAAUACGGAUAAGCUGUUGAAUGAAGAGAUGAAGGGUUGCUCUGCCAAGGUCCUGAACAAGCGCGUUGUCGCACUAGAGAUUGCACUUGAUGACUCUGAGCAGAAACAACAUCUCCUUGACUCCAUUCAUUCGGAGUUGUGCGAGCUUGCUCUUAUCUUUGAAACUGAAAGCGUUGUGGACCGUUCCUCUGACGUAAGAAGAAAAGUACUGGACCUACGGCAAAGGAUCCUGAAAGUCCUUCCAAAUAUCCAGCUCGUAGCUCAUGAGGUGGUGGCUAUAGAGGACGAGGUGAAAAAGAUGGAAAGGACUGUUAAUAAGAUUAAAACAAUUUUGACAUCUAAUGACAUUGAUGAUAUGACGUCCAAAGAUCACCACAUGCACGGACGGGUCAUGCUGGAGAACAUAAAUCACAUCAGAAAGACAAUGGCAGAGAUAGAAGUCUAUAGGCCAACACUCCCUUUAUCACAAUGUGGGGUGCAGUCCCUUUGCGUAUUAAGAAGAAUGGUAGUCGUCCUGAGAGAGGCUGAAAUGCUGGAGAACGUUAUCAUGGAGCAAAAUCAACUAUUGGAGCCUAUCAUAAGUGAAAUGUCAGAAUUGGAAAAAGAACAUGAAAAAGCACAAGCUUCCAGAGAAGAAUCUGCUGAUAUAAAGGAGAAGGCUGAGGUUCUCAAGAAACACAUGGAGAGACUAAACCAGAAGAAAGAAGUGAUUCUGCUUGCCCAACGCAACUCACUUAAUGAGCAGCUUCAACACUUAAGGCUAGAGCCACAUGACCAAGACUUGGAGUCCAUGUUGUCUCCAAUAACCGAAGGCAUCCAUAAUGAGGCAGAAAGAUGGGAUUCCUAUUUCUUGCCAUCGUUGGCCGAGGAGACAGAAGACUCUACACUGGUUGUAGAGGCAGCAGACGACAGCACAGGAGUCCAUGUUGUGGAGCCUGAACAUGAAGAAGACGUGACUGAUCUUCCUCCAUUGUCCCAGGAGCAGCUGGGAGAUGCCGGCCAAACCUUGGUUGACGUGCAGCCCGAAAUGAUCCUCAGUGACUGCCGGGGGAAGGUAACGGAGGUGGAGCGCUGGCUGCAGGAGGUGACGCUGUCACCAGGGGAGAGCAAGCAGCACCCGGAUAUGCUGCAGAGCGUGGAAGAGCAACUUGCAGAGUGUCAGAAAACCUUACAAGAAACAGAAAAGAAAAUCAACUCAUUGCUGGAGGAUGCCAACUACCGACGACAGGGAAACGGGACAGUGCUGGAAGAAGCAGAAGCUUUAUCUCUGAAGUUAAAGGCUCUGAAGAACAGAUUAGAUCAAGUACAAGAAAUGCUCCUGGUCAAGUCUACCAGUGAACAGAUCCAUAAUGGAGUGAAGGAGGAGAAGGUACAGCAUUCGUUGCCAUCUAGAACUGCUGGUCCUGCUGAGAAGACUCACGUUUUUAGCACAGAAAUUGUGAAUAAGAAACAUCCUACUGAAAUCACAAUAUCACAUGAAGAGAUUCACAUACCAUCGCACCCAAGGAGCCGAGCUGGGGAUGGGCCCUCAACUCCCACUAAGUCUCGAAGCAAAACUCCUUUGUCUGUGAUUGAAGAUAUUACCUGGAGCAAGUGGCUCUAUCUACAGAAGGAGCUGUCAUACAGAAUGAAGGCGACGUCUUCCGGACAUGCUAAUGAACCAGAUGCUGCAAAAGAAGUGAAGAUCUGCUUGAUAUCCAGAAUCCCAGUGAGUUCAGUAACAUCGCCCCUUGUAGAAGAAUCCAAGCAUUUCCUGACCCGGCUUAAGGCUUUGAAUGAAGAAGCCUCGUCUCCUCUCACUCAGGAGAGCACAAGAAAUCUACACGGAGCUCUGUUUGUUUGGAUGUGCUCAGUGUCCCAGUGGCUGCAGAACAUCGAGGAGAUGUUAGAUCUGGAUGUCCUGACCAGAGACGAAGCUGCUGCAGAGCUGACCUUCUAUGAGAAACUUACGGAGGAUUUGAAUGCCCUUUCAGAGGAAAUGGGCUAUAACGCUAGCACCCUCUUAUCGCCAAUCACCCACGAGGGUGCGCACAGCAGCAUUUUGUCCCAAUGUUACAUUGACCUAAGGGACUGGCUCAUUCAGAUUCGGAAUACUGCUAAGGCCAGAUCCAAACAUAUGCAAGGUGAACUGGAUAAACACAGUAACUAUCAGAAUGACAUCCGCCAGUUAUACGACGUCCUAGUGAAGAAGAAAUCUGAUCUCAUCCAGAAGCUGAGAAACGGAGGGAAUCGUGAGGCGGCCCAGGUGAUUCAGGAAGCAUCUGUGUACGAGAGUGAACUUCUGAGCUUUGAAAACCAAGUUUCAUCCCUGAACGAGAGAGGAGAGAAGCUUUCCAUCCCUAUAUGCUCCAAUCAAGAGAUUCACAAACUGGAGGAUGUCCUAGAUGACGCCUGGCACAUUCUUCGAUCCAACCAGGAUAAGUGUAGCAGUGCGGUUAUUAAUAAGUCACAAGUGGACGCCCUGCUGUGUGCAAUGUCUGAGCUGCUGGCUUUGGGAAAAGAAAAAAUUGAAAAAAGUCAAGAAUAUCGUGGACGAAGUAAAGAAAGCCUGAAAGCCCAUAUAGAGAACCAUAGGAAAUUUUUCAGCCACCUGGACAGUCAAGUUCAAUUGCUCCAAGCCCUGUCAUCACGGAAACCAAAUUCAGAUCUUAACAAGGAACGCAUAACGAUUGUGACACAAGAAGCAGAAGCUCUGAGACAACAGUCGGAUGACCACUGUAUUAAUAUGAUUGUUAUAAUGAAGAACUGGAAAGACUUUGACUCAAGAUAUGAUUAUCUCAGUAAGAAAUAUGACGCUCUGGAAGCCAUGAUCCCUACGAGUAGUUUGGUGGAGGAAUCGGUAGAAAGGGUCACAGAACGGCUAAAAGUUUACCAGAAAAUUCAGAAGAAUAUCGAUGAGAAUGAAUCCCGACUGAGCCAGAUCAUUGUGGCUGGUAAGAAGUUACAAAGCGCAGUGGCUUGUCCAGAACUGGACGGACAGAUUAACAAGAUGGAACAGCAGUGGUCACAACUCACCAAGAAAGUCAACCAUGAACUGCACAGACUGGAGUCUCUUAUUAGCCAUUUGGCAAGUUAUAACAAGGACUCAUCUGAAUUGUCGGCAUGGCUGAUCUCUGCCCGCCAGAGGUUGAGCAGUAGCAAGACGCAGUCGCUGGAUGCUUCUCAGAAGCUGAACACCAUCAAAACCAACUUGAACAACUUUUUUGAAUUUACAAAUGAUGUGGACCAGAAAUCUUCUUUGAAGACCUCAGUGGUGAAUACUGGUAACCAGCUCCUCCCUAAGGAAUCUGAUACUUCAGUCCUGAAACUGAGCUUGACAAGAUUUGAGGAAAGUUGGACGGAUCUUAUAGGAGCAUUACCUGCUACUCAAGACAAACUGCAACAACAACUUGUGGAGAAACUUCCAUCCCUUGAAGCAAUCGGAGAAUUAAUGGACUGGAUGAAAGAAGACAAUGAGAUAAGAGAACUUCAAUCUCUAGAGAACAUCCCAACCACCACAGCUGACAUCAGAUGCCUUCUGCAGAGAUAUAAGGCUCUGAGAAGAGAAAUGAGCCACAAGCAGUGGACUGUCGAUUAUGUCAACCAGUCAUUACUCCAGCUUAGCGUGGGCGAUGUCGAAAGCAAGCGCUAUGAGCGGACAGAGCUUGCAGAACUCCUGGGCACCUUGAAUCUACAAUGGAACCAAAUGCAAGGAAAUAUCAAUGCAAAGAUUCAGCACUUGGAGCAAGCACUUGAGAGCAUAUCAGACCAAGAAAGUAGGAGUCAGACAGUAUGCAAUUGGUUUGAUGCCCAACAGCAAAGACUGAAAAAAUUGCAUAGGCCAUCAAGUCUAACAGCUGCGGAGAGUGUGUUGGCAGAGUGCGCGGUGCUGGAGGAACAGCAGAAAGCCAAAUCCAAUGCAAUUCAGGAACUGGACGCAAACAGUAUGGCCACAGGAGGCCAGAAUAUUUCUAGUGAAGGGGUAUUGACAAGGGAAGCUCUGUUGAAGAAAAGGGAUCAAAUUUCCGAACUGGUUGCAGAGUUAAAGGCAUCCACCCUCUCGGUGCUCGAGCAUUGGAAAAAGUAUAAUGAAAAUUAUGGACAGAUAGAGAGGAUGAUUGUCAAGCUUCAACGUGUUCUUGACCAAAGAACAGGUCCUUCUGGAUCCAUGAUCUGUCUGAAUCAGCGGUUACAGAGGUUACAGGCAAUUCAAGAGGAAGUUGAGCAACACGAAGAAAAAUGGAGUAGACUUCGAGAGUCUCUGAGUAGCUUGAAGUCUCUCUGUAGUCGGUCAGCUAUGGACAUCCUAGAACAGGAGUGCAGAGACAUUCAUAACAGGUGGACCAUUGCAGCUGAGGAACUCUCCGAGCAUCUACGAGCAGCGAAAUCUUUACAACAAGUAUGGAAGGAUUAUACUGGAUCAUGUUUGGAGCUGGUGCCACAUAUAGAGCAAGUGGAAGACAAGUGUGAACAGCUCUUAUGUGCCAAACUUUCCGAAGACAAAGCAAGUGACACCUUGAAACAAAGGAUCCAGGAUCUAAGAGCGCUGGAACAGAAUCUGCAAGGACUCAGGGCGCACAACCUACAGGUCUCUGAGCUGUCAGACAAGGUGCUGCGCCAAAAUCCUGCGGCCAGAAACGUCAUUCAGUCGGAGAGACAGAACACCUCGCAUCGAAUAGCUCACUUGGAGCGGAGAGUGUCUUCAAAGGCGGCGGAGUUGAUGUCCAUUCAGAAUGAAGUUGAAUCCUUCAAGAGUGACCUAGAUAAACUCCAAUCAAGCAUCAAGUCAUCAGCCGAUGUUGUCAGCCAUGUAUAUCACACUGAGGAGGAGAAGGAGGAGCGAUCUGAAGUGAUCAAGAGGCAACUCUUGGAGCUCAGUGAAUUGACCUCUGAUGUUGAGCGCUUGAAUGAGGAGAUGUUCAGUCUUCCCCUCGGUGACCGUAGCCAGAUGUCGCUGCAGAAUCUGAAUCGUAUGUGGGCUAAAACAAUAGCGACAGCUCUCGAAGACUGCAGGCAACAUCGUAUGAUUGAGCUUGAAAAAAAUAACUUCAUCCAGAAUUACGAAAUCUGGAUGCUGUGUCUUGAGAAGAUGGAAAACAGUCUGACAGAGGGGAUCGCAGGGACCUUUGAAGCCCUGAGAAAGCAACAAGAAAUCUAUGAGAGGCUUCAGGCUGAGAUCACCAUAAAUGAGCACAUCUUACCUUCCUUUGUGAACAAAGCAUUGAGCGUCUUGGAGGAUGAGCAAAACAGGAACGAGCUUAUUCUAAAGCUUACCUCCUUAAAAGAGAAGUGGCAGAGCGUGAUCAGGUUGGUGCAGCAGAAGAAGAAGGAGAUAAGUGCCCUUCUGAAGCAAUGGUGGCAGUUCAGAGUCUCCAAGCAAAGCCUGGAACAGCACUUACGUGACACACAAGAAGCCGUAUCUACUGUCCGCCGUCAGACAGCUCACAGUUUAAUCAACACCAAGAAACUCAUGUUUGACUUUAAGGACAAGGAGAGACAUCUCAGGAGGUUACAGCCAAGCUACCGUACCACGCUCAGCAACUGUAAGGACAUCUUGUCAGUCGCAGAACCAGAAGCUAAGGAGGUUCUUCAACAAGAUGUCAACCAGCUUCAGAAGCUUUGGCAGAGCACCGCAGAGCAGCUGAAGGCCAUUCUUACACAUUUCGGUGGAAUUUCUCAGAAGAGACGCAAUUUUGAAUGUAAGAUGGAGGAGAAAAGAAAAACUCUUCAGGACCUGAAAGGGAAAGUGGAUAAACCCCUUCCGACGCUUCACGAGGAGCUACAGACGGCUAAGGGGCCGCUAAAGGAGCUGGAGGAAGCCCUGGAUGAGUGGGGAGAUAGUUUAAAAGAUCUGGACGACAUGAAGUCGGAGUUAUCCCAGUAUAUCAUCGCGGAGGACGGCGUGGUCCUCAACAAUCAAGUGGAGGCUUUACAUCGGCAAUGGGAAGAGCUCUGCCUAAGGGUGUCUAUGAGGAAGCAGGAGAUCGAGGACCGUCUCAAUGCCUGGAAUGUAUUCGGCGAAAAGAACAAGGAGCUGUGCGAAUGGCUGACGCAGAUGGAGAGCAAAGUGUUGCAGACGGGUGACGUGAACAUCGAGGAGAUGAUCGAGAAGCUGCAGAAGGACUGCAUGGAAGAAAUCAACCUCUUCAGUGAAAAUAAACUUCACUUGAAGCAAAUCGGGGAGCAGCUUAUCAACGCCAGCAACCAGGCGCGCUCCAAAGAGAUCGAGAACAAGCUGAAUAAAGUCAACGACCGCUGGAAGCACCUAUUCGACGUGAUCGGCUCACGUGUAAAGAAACUGAAGGAGACGCUCGUAAUCAUCCAGCAACUCUACAAAAACAUGAGCAACCUGCGCACUUGGCUGGCUCGCAUUGAGUCUGAACUAUCCAAGCCCGUCAUCUACAGUAUCUGUGAUGACCAGGAGAUAAACAAGAAGCUCGAAGAGCAAAGGGACUUGCAGAAGGACAUCGAGGUGCACAGCCCAGGGGUGGCAUCUGUGCUGAAUAUCUGUGAGCGCCUGCUGCAUGACACAGAUGCCUGUGCCAACGAGACCGAAUGUGAUUCCAUACAGCAGACCACGAGGAGCCUCGAUAAGCGAUGGAGAAACAUCUGCUCCAUGUCAAUGGAGAGGCGGAUGCGGAUUGAGGAAACCUGUCGGCUGUGGCAGAAAUUUCUAGAAGACUACUCCCGAUUUGAUGAAUGGCUUAAAGAAGCUGAAGCAAUGGCCGCAUCCCCCGAUUCUUCUGAUGUUCUGUAUACCAAAGCCAAAGAGGAGCAGAAGAAGUUUGAGGCAUUCCAGAGGCAGAUCCACGAGCGUCUUACUCAUCUAGAGCUGAUCAACAAGCAGUACAGGAGGCUUGCCCGAGAGAACAGGACAGACGCUGCCAGCAGACUGAAGCAGAUGGUGCAUGAAGGAAACCUGAGGUGGGAUCAACUCCAGAAGAGAGUGACUUCAAUUCUGAGGAGGCUUAAGCACUUUACCAGCCAAAGAGAAGACUUUGAGGGGACAAGAGACUGCAUCCUGGUAUGGCUCACAGAGAUGGACUUGCAGCUUACAAAUGUGGAACACUUCUCAGAAAGCGACAUUGAGGAGAAAAUGCAACAGUUAAUAGGCUUCAAACAAGAAAUAACACUAAACGCCAACAAAAUUGAUCAACUGAUCGUUUUUGGGGAGCAGUUGAUACAGAGAAGCGAAGCGAUGGAUGCUGUGGUCAUUGAGGAUGAACUGGAGGAGAUUCAUAGAUAUUGCCAAGAAGUGUUUGGACGGGUGUAUAGAUUCCAUGACAGGCUGACGUCAAGAAUUCGAAUUUUGAAGAAAACUCUGAGAAUGAUACAGAUGGUGAAGAUUCGAGAGAGAUCCAGAACUCGUCGUGGCACUCCACAAUACCGGAUGUUGAGACAUCCCACCCAUCUCUCUGCCAUUUAAUGCCCCCGACUCUCCCACAUGAGCGGUCUGGUCGAGAAACUCCAGUCAGUGUUGACUCCAUCCCUCUGGAAUGGGAUCCAACUGUAGAUGUUGGAGGCUCUUCCAUGCAUGAGAAUGAGGAGGAAGGGACCUACUACAACCCCUUAUCAGAUGUAGAAAUUGCUGAAAGCCCUGAAGCCUAUGUCAUAAU